GUAUUAUAAUGGCAAACAACGGACGGUGUGUUAUAUGCUCUGGCCGGAUGGACGAUAUCCCACAUCAAUUUUGGAUUAUGUCUACAAUAUCAUCAUACUGGUUAUCACCUAUGGCAUACCAAUGAUUGUUAUGCUAAUCUGUUACACAUUAAUGGGCCGUGUAUUAUGGGGUAGCCGCUCCAUUGGCGAAACCACCGAACGUCAAAUGGAAUCGAUGAAAUCGAAGAGGAAAGUUGUGCGAAUGUUCAUAGCCAUUGUUUCAAUAUUUGCCAUCUGCUGGCUGCCCUAUCAUCUGUUCUUCAUUUAUGCCUAUCACAAUAACCAAGUCACGUCAGCGAAAUAUGUCCAGCACAUGUAUUUGGGUUUCUAUUGGCUGGCCAUGUCCAACGCCAUGGUCAAUCCAAUUAUUUACUAUUGGAUGAACAAAAGAUUUCGAAUGUAUUUUCAAAAAGCCAUUUGCUGCCUUUUCUUCAAUGCUGCUGCAAUACAAAUUCAUUCGCCGCGUAGUCGCAUGACGCUAAACAAAAAUAGUUCAAAUAAUCAUGGAUCGAGAAUGAAAAGUAAGUCCUAUUGGAAGCGCAGUACAAUUGAGACCCAGAUACAAGUGGCUAACAACUCCUCAUUACCUGAUCAUAAAAAUACAACGGUGAAUCAUAUGGGCAAUACCUGUACGAUGAUGAUACAUCGGAAUAGUAUAUUGGCUACAGAGAAGAUGAUCAAAACGGGAGAAGAAUCACCGCUCUCAAUAUCGGUGCACAAUGGGCUGGAAAGGAAGAAAUUAAAAAUUCGUUAUAUUUCAUGUGAUGAGGACAAUAAUGCUGUAGAAUCAUAAAUC